CAUGUCGUCUGAUCAGUGUCAAAAAUCUAACGAACCGUAUCGUGAAUUAGAGUUACGUAGUUCCGAAUUAAAUGUUUAUCCAGGCAAUAUUUCAAGAUGUAGCAGAAAUUUAGGAAACAAUGUCGAACGUUCUAUGGAAUUGUCUUCUGUCGUAGUAAUUCCAGAUGAUACGUUUACAGUAAUCCAAGCUAUCAAUGCAUUAGGAUUUGGAAAAUUUCAAGUUAAAUUAUCCUUAUUUACGGGUCUUUGUUGGAUGGUAGACAGUAUGGAAAUAACAAUAUUAAGUAUUUUAAGUCCAUCUUUGCAUUGCGACUGGGGUAUCACUAGAUAUCAACAAGCUUUGGCAACCACGGUUGUCUUUCUAGGUAUGAUGCUGAGUUCUACAUUCUGGAGUAAUUUGAGCGACAGAUAUGGUAGUAAGCAAUCCCUAACGCUAUGUGCAAUUUUAUUAUUUUACUAUGCUUUCUUGAGUUCUUUCGCACCAAAUUUCCUAUGGAUUUUGUUACUUAGAGGAUUAGUUGGCUUUGCUAUUGGGUGUGUACCGCAAUCAGUAACGCUGUAUGCAGAGUUUCUUCCAGCAAAACAAAGAGCAAAAUGUGUUAUUUUAUUGGAUUGCUUUUGGGCACUUGGUGCUUGCUUCGAGGUCGCAAUAGCAUUGGCAAUAAUGCCAAACUUUGGUUGGAGGUGGCUCCUUAUUCUGUCAACAAUACCGCUUCUUGUAUUUGCUAUUAUCACUCCAUGGUUACCAGAGUCCAUGAUAUUUGAUCUGUCAAUGGGAAGGAUGGAUAAAGCUGUUUCCACGUUAGAACGAGUAGCAAGAGAAAAUAAAAAACCCUUGCCUCCAGGAAGAUUAGUUAUGGAUCGUUUUUAUCAAGUGAAUCGUGGUAAAUUGAAAGAUAUACUAAACAAAGAAAUGUGCAGAACAUCUACUUUACUUUGGCUUGUAUGGAUGAGCACAGCAUUCUGUUAUUAUGGUGUAGUACUAAUGACAACAGAACUGUUUCAUACAUCAUCGGAGCAAUGUAGCUCGUGGGAAAAUAAAAAAGAAGAUACAUGUCAAUUAGAUUGUCGCUUAGAACGUAGCGAUUACAUUGAUCUUCUUUGGACAACACUAGCGGAAUUUCCGGGAAUUUUUUCCACAAUUUUCGCGAUCGAAAAAAUUGGCAGACGAAAAACAAUGGCUUUUCAACUAGUAAUGUUUGCCAUGCUAAUCUGUUUGUUAGGUAGAGCCUGCUUGUUGAACAGAAUAGCUUUGACGCUCGCAAUUUUUCUAGCCAGAGGCCUAAUUGCUGGUGUCUUUCAAGCAGCUUAUGUAUAUACACCGGAAGUAUAUCCAACACAUUUGCGUAGUAUUGGAGUUAGUACUUGUAGUGCCAUGGCUAGAAUUGGUGCGAUGAUCACGCCAUACAUAGCACAAGUAUUUCUCCAAUGGUCUAUAACUGGAGCAAUGACGGUAUACGCUGUGACAGCAUUAUGUGCUGCUGCAGCUACACUCGCUUUACCUGUCGAAACAAAAAGUCAUUCUUCGAACGAUUCGUCUCAGGAAACAAGAUGA